UCUGGUGAAUUAUUAGAGGAGUGGAGGCUAACAGCGUCUCUGGAAAUGAUGAGGACUCACUCCUUUCUGACAGUUUUGCUUUGGAGCUCUGUGUUUUAUGUGGUUCAUAUGACGCCAUCCCAAAAAAGGACUAACAAGCACUCACACAGUGAAAGGAUAACAGGAUUGUCAGAGAAUGAUGGAAAAACUCUGCACCGCACCAAGCGUGGUUGGAUGUGGAAUCAAUUUUUCUUGCUGGAGGAAUACACAGGUCCAGAUACUCAAUACGUGGGCAAGCUACACACUGACCAAGAUAAAGGAGAUGGAAAUUUAAAAUACAUAUUAACGGGAGAUGGGGCUGGCAGUCUGUUCAUUAUAGAUGAAAAUACAGGAGAUAUUCAUGCUGCAAAGAAAUUGGACAGAGAAGAAAAGUCCCUGUACGUGCUACGUGCCAAGGCUAUAGACAGAAAAACUGGAAGACAAGUGGAGCCAGAGUCUGAAUUUAUCAUUAAAAUCCACGAUAUCAAUGACAAUGAACCAAAAUUCACCAAGGACAUGUACACCGCCAGUAUUCCGGAGAUGUCUGGAGUUGGUACAUCUGUUAUUCAGGUGACAGCCACAGACGCUGAUGAUGCCAACUAUGGGAACAGUGCCAAAGUGGUGUACAGCAUCCUCCAGGGACAGCCAUAUUUCUCAGUGGACCCAGAAACAGGCAUAAUCAAGACUGCUUUACCGGACAUGAACAGAGAAAACAGGGAGCAAUACCAAGUGGUCAUCCAGGCUAAAGACAUGGGAGGCCAGAUGGGAGGACUAUCAGGGACCACCACCGUGAACAUCACACUGACUGAUGUCAAUGACAAUCCACCUCGCUUCCCCCAGAGCUCCUACCAGUUCAGCUCUCCUGAAUCUGCACCACCUGGGACUCCUCUUGGCAGAAUUAAAGCCAAUGACCCCGAUGUGGGAGAAAAUGCAGAGAUUGAAUAUAGCAUCUCCAGUGGGGAUGGAUCAGACAUGUUUGAUAUCAUCACUGACAAGGACACACAGGAAGGGAUUAUAACUGUCAAAAAGCAUCUGGAUUUUGAAAACAAGGUGUUAUAUACCCUAAAAGUAGAAGCAAGCAACACUCAUCCUGAUCCUCGUUUUCUUCAGCUGGGGCCAUUCAAAGACACGGCUUUUGUCAAAAUUUCUGUUGAAGACAUUGAUGAACCUCCAGUAUUCAGCAGACCCUGGUAUUUAAUAGAGGUAGAUGAAGAUGCCAAGGAAGGAAGCAUUAUUGGGCAAGUUGUAGCCCAAGACCCAGAUAUAGCAAAGAAUGCAAUAAAAUAUUCUGUAGAUCGACACACUGACCUUGACAGAAUAUUCAACAUCUAUUCAGGAAAUGGAUCCUUAUUCCUCUCGAAGCCACUUGACCGAGAAGAAACUCCCUGGCACAACAUCACUGUCAUAGCAACUGAAAUCAAUAAUCCUAAACAAAGUAGCCAGAUACCUGUCUUCAUACGGAUUUUAGACAUAAAUGAUCAUGCACCAGAGUUUGCCAACUACUAUGAAACAUUUGUUUGUGAAAAUUCUCUUACACAACCUUUGUCCUACGAAUUUAUGCUUACUGUGAGUGCAAUUGACAAAGAUCAGCCUCCUCGAGGACACAAAUUUUUCUUUGAGUUGGUGCCAGAAUUUGCUGUUCAUCCAAACUUCUCUGUUGUAGACAACAAAGAUAACACAGCGGGAAUUAUGACCAGAAGGAAUGGAUACAGCCGUAGUAAGACGAGUACCUAUCUUCUGCCAAUCAUUAUAUUUGACAACGACUACCCGAUCCAGAGCAGCACGGGCACGCUGACCAUCCGGGUGUGUGCCUGCGACAGCCGGGGGAACAUGCAGUCCUGCAGCGCCGAGGCCCUGCUGCUCCCUGCCGGCCUCAGCACGGGGGCACUGGUGGCCAUUCUCCUCUGCAUCAUUAUCCUGCUAGUAUUAGUUGUCUUGUUUACGGCUCUCAAGAGACAGAGGAAGAAAGAACCCUUGAUCAUCUCAAAAGAUGAUGUUCGGGACAAUAUUGUCACCUACAAUGAUGAAGGAGGUGGGGAAGAAGACACCCAGGCUUUUGACAUUGGCACACUGAGAAAUCCAGAAGCAAGGGAGGAGAGUAAGAUGAGAAGAGAUGUUAUUCCAGAAACAAUAUUUCAGAUAAGGCGGACUGCCCCUCUUUGGGAAAACAUUGAUGUUCAAGAUUUUAUUCAUAGAAGGUUAAAGGAAAAUGAUUCAGACCCAGCUGCCCCUCCUUAUGAUUCAUUAGCAACAUAUGCUUACGAAGGAAAUGAUUCCAUAGCAAAUUCACUCAGCUCCCUGGAAUCACUUACCACAGAGGGCAACCAAGACUACGAUUACCUCAGUGACUGGGGACCUCGGUUUAAAAAACUCGCAGAUAUGUAUGGCGGAGAGGACAGUGAUCGAGACUGAGAAAGUAAUCUGUGACCUGGUCAGUGUUAGUGGAAUUCAUGUCUAUGUUCCUAGAUAAAUAAAGUGGCCUACUCUCUUACUUGGGAAUAAAAAA